AUGCGCAUGGGGGGAGGUGUCAAAUAUCCAGUGCACCGUGAAGGGAAGCUUUGGAAUCGUGAGGUGUUCAGAUGUCAUUUCGGUUGUUGCGCCAUCACACCACAAACACUAGCAAGUAUUGCGCGGAAACAAGGCGAGUCACGCAUUUCGCUGGGACUGCGUGUAGCAGGCGGGACUGUACUGAGCGGUGCAUGUGAUACCACAGAGGCUCGAGAUGAAUCUUUUUUUCGAGUGGAGAAUCAUCGCAUUCCGACGCAACUCAGACUGCUCCGGACAGUGGCGAACCUGCCAAGGAUUUCCAGUCACAUGAAAGCCAAGAGGAGCAGUAGCCGUUGCAGGCAGAUGAAGGAAUCAAUUUUUUUUAUGGCUCGCUCUCUCGCUGCCCAUGAACCGGGAGGUAGUUAG